CCUAGCCAGAACAACUGUGUCGAGUUGUAGGGCAGUGGUGGGAAAAUCGGACAGCCCUGACUGCUAUGCUGGGCUCAACAUGGCCGAUCGACAUCAGAGAGAAGACCUCAGUCUGUGGGCAGGAAUGCAGAGCCCAGCAAUGGGGGAUAUGUCCUCUCAAGGAAUGUCUGCAGAUUUAUUCAAGUGGAAGCACGCCAACCCUCACGUCUCCAGUGACUAUGGGAGCUUAAAUCAUGAACAUGCAGUGAAUAGCCACAACGACCAUGCAUCAAGCCUACGUCACAUAAGUACAGGAAGCUCCGGCAGUUACCGUAGCAGCACAGGAAGCGUGAGCGGACCAUCAACACCAACGAAUAAUACACCCCUGGUGAUCCCCCAGCCAGUGAAGCCAACCAAUAAGUCGGGGAAGUCGUACCACUGCAAGACAUGUGAUCAGAUUUUUACAACAAAAUCGGACAUGUUGAUUCACAGUCAACAAAUACACAAACAAGAUCCAAAGCCCUAUCGCUGCCCUACAUGCCAAAGAUGUUUUGCAAAUUCCUCGUAUCUCUCUCAGCACAAUAGGAUACAUGCAGGAAUUCGUCCAUAUAAAUGUGAAAUCUGUGAACGAAAAUUCACCCAGUUGUCACAUCUCCAGCAGCAUAUCCGCACGCAUACAGGGGAAAAGCCAUACAAAUGUAUGCACCCGGGGUGUGGCAAAGCUUUCUCUCAAUUAUCCAAUCUUCAGUCACAUUCAAGAUCCCACAUGACUGACAAGCCUUUUAGGUGUAACUCCUGUUAUAAAUGCUAUGCUGAUGAACAAAGCUUGCGGGAGCACAUCCCGAAACACUCUGACACGAAGCAUUUAAAAACGCAUAUUUGUCGCAUCUGUGGUAAGUCGUACACGCAGGAGACCUAUCUGGCGAGACACAUGUCAAAACACUCACAGGACAAUUUGAAUAUAAAUAAAAUUGUAUCCAGUCGACCAAUCAAACAAGAACCGCAUGAUCAUUCCAAUGGGGCGACAGACUACAGCCGGCUGCCCGAACGUUCAGUGGAUGGUUCAACAACUCCAUGUGGAAAAGUCUCGUCUGCAUUUAUGCCGAUUCCACAAUUCGGAGGUAACGUACCCAGCUCCUCGAAUUCUGCGUACCCUUUCAGUACAUCACUUCCAAAUAACUCCCCUCUGAGUCCAUCACUCCCCCAUAUAUCCUCCAUGGCAUCUCGGAGCUAUUUUCCGUAUGAUCCCAUAAACUUCAGAAAAACAGAUGUUCCGGACCGAUCUCUGAAUGCUUCAAUGAGUAGGGACAACCAAUUUCUGGCAAACAGUCUACUAAGUUUACAGCAAAUUAAGAACUAUGCCACUCACCAGAUGCCAAGCUUUGCCCCUGCUUGUUCAAGUGGGGGUGCAAGGUUAGCGUGAGAGGGCAACGUAACAGUCGGCAUGUGUAGUAACAUUUCUGUAGAAUCCAUAGUUACUAUUGUCUUAGUGAUUUGUGUAUCUUGUAUGGUAAUUAGUGUCAAACUUUUAUGUGUAAAAUCUAUUGGAGCUGUCUCUUUUCACUUCACAUACACAGGUCUCACACAAAUUCCAAUAAAUUCUUAUUAUACGUGAAAUGAAAAUUAAGUAUCACAACUUCUUUUUCUAUUCAGAUUUUAUCACUUUCCAAAAGCAUUUGUUACAAGCAAAAUACUUUUGGACAAAUGGACGUAUAUUUGAAUUCAUUGUCAAAUCGGACAUAUUUAUUGCAUUGUAGAUAUUGUUUUUGUACAUAAAUCUGUUAUAUGAAUAUAAAUAUAUAUCUAUAUAUGAGAUGUAUGUGUAAAGAGAGAGGCUGUUAUAAGUGUUUCUAUGACGAUGGGGGACAUUCUGUAACCCUACCGGGGGCUGAUUAUCAUGUAUAUCAAAAGGUGCUAAUAUAUUCUGGUAACUUUGCAAUGUUCUGUUCUGCACACAUAUCAUUGGACAAUGGCAGAGUUUCCGAGCUCUCUAACUAGUAUUGAUGCAGUUGUUUAUUUUGUUUUCCAUAUAGAUAUAUAUAUAAGGUUGAGCUUUUUGUAUGUUUGAUCAGUACAACUCUGUCCAUAUUAAGAUUAGUGCAAUUUUUUUUUCAGAAUGAGGUUUUAUCUUUUGUUUAAAUUCAUUGUCAGUUAUUACUGAUGCUCAUGUGUUUCAUCUUUUUUCUUUUCUUUUUUUUCAUUUAUCUUACGUUGCCUUAAAAGAAAAAAAAAUGGCAAUUGAUGGUUGUUUGAAUGAAUUUAAGGUUGUGUCUCAAAGACAGCUUAAAGUAUUACUUUGUCCUCCCUGAAUUACCAGUGAUUUCUGCAAACAUAAACUUGUGCACCCGCCACUUUAAAUUCAAAUGAAUUAAUUGAAACUUCAUUUCUUUAAUGCACUGCAAUACGCAAUUUCUGAAAUACCAGCUCUUUUGUGAUGGAGGUGCGUUCAGUAUUCUGUUGAACACUUUGGUGGGUACAAGAUGUAUACAUACGGUAUAGACUAUGUAAAUAAGGAUAAAAGUUCUGAUAGCAUAAAUUUUGUUUAUAUCAGCCGUUGGUAUACAUUAAACUGACCAUAUCAAGAUUAAUUUGUUUGAAUUAGGCCAUUAAAUUAAAUAUGAAAGUGUUAUUUAUUUCAACUUCUACACAAGUUAUGUAUUUAUCAAAGAAAGAAGAUGAUUUUCGAUUUUUGUUUGAGCUACUUUAUUAUCAGAUACUCCUAAACUUACUAAAUUGUGUGUCCCUGCAGUUUGGGUGGUUGUAUGACAUCUGACAAUCAUCCUGUAGGUAACAUAUGGACGCAGCAAUGAGCAUUUGUACCUACCGCAUGAAUACGAAAACAUAGUUUGCGCCUCACCGUGCAUAAGAGUUCAAUAAAGGGAAAUAACAAUUGAGAAACUCGGAAAUUGCGUAUUGAUUUCUUCUACAGGCAGUGUGAAAAUUUAUUUUUUGUCUGACUGUUAGUAAAUAUUGAAAAUUUAUUGAAUUAUUUUUCGGUCAAUACAAAUACAGACAAUUAGAUUUAGAAUUUUUCUUCUACUGUUUGAAAAUCAUUUUUAUGUAGCAAUUUCUAGUCUUAAGAUGUUAGUCUGUACUUAAACAACUUAACUCCAGUUUAUGAGAUGUUCUGAGUUUUGAAAACAAAUAUAAUUUGUAAGUUAUUUAAGAAUCUGUUUAUGGCAUUCAAGAAAGAAGUGAAAACACUGACAAACUUGUUUAUGCAAUCACAACAGUAUUUUGUACAUGAUGUCAGCACAGAUUGCACUCAAGUGAUUUUUUUUCUCUUCAGAUUUUUAUAAACUGUAAUGUGAAUGGCAAAACUUGACUUGGCUCAACUUUGUAUAGAAUAUAUUACUUAUUGCUCAAUGUGUGGAAAUCGUAGACAAUUUGUGUAUGAAGUGACACUGGCAUGAGAGUGUAUUGUUUUAUGUCAACAGCGAUGAGAUGCUGUGAACAACUCGAUUCACUGUUAGGUCAUUGAGACUAUUUUCAUGUUAUCAUGUCGAAAAAACAUCUUAACAGCAAUUUGGCAGCAAAUUUGAUUCUCUUGGUAGGUGCCAAUGACCAUAAAUCAUUUACCCUUCAUGUUAGAAAUAAUCUGGGGAAAUGAAAAACAGAUUUAAAAUUUAUAAAUUAGGUAUCGAAGUAUUUCCCUUAGGUAAACAAGAAAUUUUCCCUGCACUCACUCACAUAGCACUCCAGGCUGAGUUCCUACACACAUGUGCACACACAACAGUGCAAGGAGUUUCCCCCCUACAUACAAACACAACAUUCCAAAGAGUUUUAUGCCUCAAGCACACCAGCUCAAGAAAAGUUCCGAUCUGCACACUGUGAGACAAUAGUUUAAGGGCAUUUCCUCCCUACACACGACAGUAUGAGGAGAGUACCUCCCUACACACACAACAGUUUGAGGAGAGUACCUCCCUACACACAACAGUCUGAGGAGAGUUCCACCCUACACACACAACAAUCUGAGGAGAGUUCCUCCCUACACACACAACAGUCUGAGGAGAGUUUCUCCCUACACACACAACAAUCUGAAGAGAGUCCCAUCCUACACACAACAAUCUGAGGAGAGCUCCACCCUACACACACAAUCUGAAGAGAGUUCCUCCCUUCACACACAACAAUCUGAGGAGAGUUUCUCCCUACACACAACAAUCUGAAGAGAGUUACACCCUACACACACACAACAAUCUGAAGAGAGUUCCACCCUACACACAACAGUCUGAGGAGAGUUUCUCCCUAAACAAACACAACAAUCUGAAUAGAGUUCCUCCCUACACACAACAGUCUGAGGAGAGUUCCUCCCUACACACACAACAGUCUAAGGAGAGUUCCUCCCUACACACACAACAAUCUGUGGAGAGUUCCUCCCUACACACAACAGUCUGAGGAGAGUUCCUCCCUACACACAACAAUCUGAGGAGAGUUCCUCCUUACACACACGACAGUCUGAGGAGAGUUUCUGUGAGAAAUAUUUGUUUUUAAUUAGAAUGGGAAAGUUUUCUAUAGGCAGCAUAUGGCUGAUUCAUUUUAUUUAUCAGAGAAACUAGAAGACAACAUAAGUCAUUAAAGGGCAUAAUUUUGUUUACAUUAUAGUCCUUAUCAACCUUGAUUGAUAAGUAUUCUUAUAAUUAUCUGCAACCCAUAAAACUAUCCAACAUUAGACUUUAGAUUUACAGAGUGUAUGUGAUCCCCUUAAUGUUGUUCAGUGUAAAUUUCUUGUUGAGGUGUAAUAUUGUUAUAUUUACCAUAUAUCUGGAUGAUUUUCAUGUGAGGAUACCAAAGACAUUGAAGAUUUAUGAUAGAGAGAUCUCCUAGGCAGGGUAAUAAUGAACUGUUAUCAUCUAUGUAUGGCGACUAAACUCACACUUUAUUGUAUGUCACGUGACAUUUAUUCUGUGUUGUGAUUGGUGGAUAAUUUUCUUACAUGAAUUAUCUCUUACAAGAGUGUCAUUGAACCCCUUGUAACCGUUUUAUGUGGCUCGAACCCGUUUCUCUCCUACAUCUUUGUAUAAUGGCUAAUUAAGCUUCUCUAUUGUGAAACACGUUCUGUACCCUGUAUCAUGCACCUCACUUCAUGCUAUGAAUAGUUUUCUUCAACUCUAAAGAGCAGUGUCAUGAAUGGUUUAUUUUUCUGUAGUCAUAAUGGUGAUUGAUGAAUAUUUUAUAUCAUGGUUUAAUUUAUAUUGCAUAACAUUAUGAAAUAAAUGCAGUUCUUUGGUCGAUCAAGCAAAGUCUAGCAACAUUAUAAUGUAAUAAACCCCAAUCAAUGGACGGCCUUACUUUCAUGUUACCUAAUGGUUGAAAUUUAAUUCAUAUAUGGUCCAUUGCUUUCAGAGUUAAUUUUGAAUUUAGAAAUUAAACUGUCUGGAAAAGAAAUUUCUGAUACGACUCCAAACAAUUGGGAUAUGAUGUGUGCACAUUUAAAAAUAAAUUGCAUGUUAUUCAGUUGAACCGUGGGGGUAGAAAAGGGCAUAAAUUCAUUAACAUAGACCUUCUAAAUUCUACUAGGUCAUGUUACAAAGCAUGGUUAAACAAUUUAUAAUAGUAGAUUGCCAUGCAGGUUUGCACAAUCCAUUCAGAAAAUGUAAGACUGUUUAAUACAUGGAUCAAUACUAGAGGCCUUAGACUGGGUUAAUUUAAACUGAACCCCCUGGGAUUUGGGGGGGAAAUCUCAGCUUUCUGAAAUAGAGUCUGUUCUAGGAACAACAUGAAAACCAUUUUUUAGGAUCGAUGUCUUGAUGGAAAUUUUGCAUAAGAAUGUAUGAAAAUCAAAAGCUGUAUGAAAUCAAGAGAGAGACAUUGUUGGAUAGGUGCGUUAGUCCGAGUUAUGGUACAUGUAACACGUACUGUGAAGUUUUAGCAGACCUGUGGAAGAACCCCAGAGCACUUGUUUUCUUUUUCUUUAUUCAUAUGCUGAAGUUCUAGACCAAAGUUUUGUUAACUAAUAAGAAUGCCAUAUAUCAGCUUUACCAAAUAGCACUGUUACCAAGCAUCAUCAAAUGAUGUGGAUCUUUUUCUUAAUAACUAUAUAUAAUUGUACAUCUUUUUUUUUUUCAAAUUUAAAAUUUGCACAUGCAUUUCAUUUGUAGGUCUUCUAUUUUCUACUUUUGAUAUUUAUUCCACUUUUUUCCCGUCUAUAUGGGAUCAAUUUUCUAGGAAUCUCAUUUUGAUCAACACGCUUUAAUGACACAUUUUAAAGUCCGGCUUUGUCAUCUGUCCCAACAGCUGUUCUUAACCAAGUUAAGUCUUCAUUCUCAUUGUUGACGUGUAAGUUGCUAAAGCAACUCUAAAAAUGACUGUGAUUGGACAUCGUGUCACGUGUCACUUGGUGGUCAGUUGUGUUUAGUGCUAUAUUGUAUCAUCGCUUUUGUUAUAAAAUAAAUAGAAAACAUUUA